GGGUUAAGCUUAGCGAAGAUCCAGUGGAACAAACUUACUGGGCGGCGACCAACAGUGAAAGGUCUUUGCGAAAAUUUUAAAUUCUGGUUCGUUUGCACUGGUAGGCGAAGAAAGAUGCUCGAGUUCUCAAGAUUCGCGAAAAUGGCUUUACUCAAAGGGAAUACGAGGUCACAAUUGUCUUAAGUUCACUUCACUGCUAACAUUAGCUCAACAUGAUAUGAUAGAAGAACAAAUGCAAACCUUCUUGUUGUUUUAAGACAAAGGCAGGUGAUAGGAAAUUCGACGCCACAAUUGUUUCCAGUCAAACUGUGUACAUUAUUCAGGGGAGAAUGAGGGGUUUUAUGCUGAAAAGACAAGAGUGUUUCGAAUAAUGUUUUGGCGUAAACGGGAAAGCAUUUGUUUGGAUUAAACGUUCUCAGCUUCAACCAUCAAAGAGUCAAUUUGAGUCCACGGGAUAGUUCGUGAGAAGACGUCUGCUCUUAGACAUUUAAUGACUUUAUUCCGAGUAUUUUGAAAAGACAAGCAGAUGGCGGAUUAAUCCACAAACUAGACCUGGAGGCGGGGAUAUCCUUGAGCAAGGAACAAACAUAUAUCAUUUUACUACAGCGUGUACGUGAUACACUCUAGUCAUUCAAAUAACGUCAAGUUCAUUUGAAAGAAAAGAGUACUUACCAUACUUAAACUUGGAAUGUUUUGUGACAGCGUGGACUGGAGGUAAAGUUACGCAACAGAUUUUGUUCAACGAAGAUUCUAGAUAGCAGACAUCAGAGCAGAAAUUAAGACUACGUACUCUUCACAAACUGCCUGCAGCUAAAAGAGGAAAUAUCUCAAGGCUACUCAGUCUGGCUUAAGACUGGAUGAUCACGAAAACUCGGUGGUAAAGUGAAAAAUAUAAGAUUUCAUACAACAAGGAAUUCAAAAGCAGACACUUAAUACGGAAAAAGUCAAAGCUGCAAAAUUUUCUGAGAGCUCACGAUAAGUGACCAUAUUUUCAAGACCUGUUGCAAAUAGAAGUGCUUGGUAAUAAGAUGAGUGCUACUCCAGAGCCAGAAAAGAAAAUCAAUAAUACAUUCCCCGAAACAGAGCCAGAAUCAUUCGAUAAUCGUCCGACAGCUGAAGGAAUAGCUGAACCUCUACCAGAAUGGUCGAAGGCGGUCGAUGAAUGGGGGAUUAUCUGGGAUUUUCACCAGUAUGGCUUAGGUGCGAUAUUUGCCUUUGUUUUCUUUUUGAUUGUACUUUCCCUGUGGAAGCGCUUCAAAGGAGUGCGAAUCCUCAAACAAAACAAGGUUCCCAGCGUUGUUUUGAGUCUUCUGGCUCUGUUUUGCGCCACAAGAAGUCUGUUCCUCUGCAUGGAUGCAUACCACUGGCGGAAAACUGCACCGUAUUAUGUUAUCAACGUUCUUUGGGGCAUCGGACAGCCUUGCAUCAUAACCGCCUACACCCUGAUGUUUAUAGUGUUAAGGAACGCACUGAUACUCAAACAGCGGUUCCAAAAAUGGUAUAAUACAAGGAAUAUUGCCUUAGCAACGCUGCCAUAUUUUUUCUUCGCGUUUGGAGCAGAACUUGCUAUUUCUUUCGUUCCAGAGUUCAAAGGCCUCGCCCUUACUUGCCAGAUUUUGUACCUUUUAUUUGGUUUUUCUCUUACGGUGUUUUACUUUUUCAUAUCGAUUUUAAUCUGGAAAAAAUUCAAAUUGAUUGACUCCUCCAAACGUUGGGCUACGGAGCCAGCGGAAGGUCGUGGAUCCCGCACGCGCGCAAUUCUCCGCAUGUGUCUCGCAGCGGUCGCGGGCGGCGUUUUAAUUUGCGUUAUGCAAGUCUACGCAAUGGCGGGCGUCUAUGGCGUUUUUUCCGAUGCGCGCUUCGUUUCUGCAUGGCCAUGGUUGGCGUUUCAAACAAUGUUUCGUCUCGUGGAGAUUUACAUGACAGUUGUACUGUUUUAUGCCGUCAGUGCGAGGAGCGUCGACAAGAAAGGUGAAAUGACACCGACUACGAUUGUUUCAGCGGAGAUUCCCGAAAAUGUUAAUGCUAUUGAAUUGCAAACGGUUUGAUUGGCAAAAGAUUUUCCUUGUGGGAAAACAAGAAAAAUACAUCUUCAAAUUUAUCACUAAUGAAUUGAACAGUGGUUUUCAUUUAAUAAGAAGGAAACGCUAACAUUGUUUUGAGUUCUUUUGUGUGUUGUGUUGCUAGGCCAAGGAGGUUUGGGCACAAAAACGAGGAGCACGUUUAAUAAUUGUGAAAAAAACAUUUCGAAAAAACACGACAUACGUUAGGCCCUGUCCGACACUACGACCUAUAAAUUUCAAAUCGGUGUUCUCACUCUGAGGUGAAUAGUAGAACUAGCCGUACAAAUUAAGUUGUUUUCAAGUUCACGGGGCGUAAUGUUGGCGAGGCCCCAAGUGACUAAAAACAUGCAUUAAGAACUGAACGAGGACAAAGUAUCAAAAUGUUUGUAUGUAUCCUAACAUAUAUUUCCACUAGAACUAGUUUGUUUUUGACGAAGCGUUAAUUAAAAAUUAACGGGAUUGUAACCUUUGAGGAUAAUUAUUAAAAGUCCUUUGUUUAUACUGA